GACGUGGCUGGUAAUGAGGUCGCUCACUUGCUUGCCCGUCCUCCGCCGGGCCAACACGCAGUCUGCUUCCCAACAGGUACGCCGCAGGAACCGGGAGCCGGCAUGUCGGACCAGUCGGCCUUCGACACGGACGUGUGGACCCUGACCCGGUUUGUCAUGGAGACCGGGCGCCAGGCAAAGGGGGCGACCGGUGAGCUGACGCAGCUCAUCAACGCCAUGCUCACCGCCAUCAAAGCCAUUUCCUCUGCUGUGAGAAAGGCAGGUCUGGCCCACCUGCAGGGCCUGGCCGGCUCUGUGAACGUGACGGGGGAUGACGUGAAGAAGCUGGACGUGCUGUCCAACGACCUGGUCAUCAACAUGCUGCGGGCCUCCUACGGCACCUGCUGCUUGGUGUCUGAGGAGAACAAGGAGCUCAUCAUCACCCCAAAGGACAAGAGGGGGAAGUAUGUGGUCUGUUUCGACCCUCUGGAUGGCUCCAGUAACAUCGACUGCUUGGCUUCUAUCGGCACCAUAUUCGCCAUCUACAAACGGAUAUCAGAGGAUGAGCCCACAGAGAAGGACGCCCUGCAGCCGGGUAAUAACAUCGUGUGUGCCGGCUACGCCCUCUACGGCAGCGCCACCCUUGUGGCCCUCAGCACCGGUGCGGGCCUCAACUUCUUCAUGCUCGACCCUGCCAUUGGUGAGUUCAUCCUGAUCGAAAGAAACGUGAAGAUCAAGCAGAAAGGGAAAAUCUACAGUCUGAACGAGGGCUACGCAAAAUACUUCCACCCCUCCAUCAACGAAUACCUCAAGCACAAGAAGUACCCCGAGGACGGCAGCUCCCCGUAUGGAGCUCGAUACGUUGGGUCAAUGGUCUCAGACGUUCAUCGCACCAUCGCCUACGGAGGCAUCUUCAUGUAUCCGGCCAAUGAGAAGAGCCCCAAAGGAAAGCUGCGGCUGCUGUAUGAGUGCAACCCCAUCGCCUUCCUCAUCGAGCAGGCAGGCGGCCUCGCCACCACCGGCACCCAGAGGAUCCUGGACGUCCAGCCAGAGGCGCUCCACCAGCGGGUCCCCUUCGUGGUCGGAUCCCCCGACGACGUCAACGAGUACCUGUCCUUCGUCAAGAAGUUCCCCUGAAGCCACCGCAGCUCCGAGGACGUUAAGACCAUUCAUACAGUGUGCUGUUUUCAUAAUCGUGACAAAGCUGCUGUGAUCACAAGGAGCUGUUGUUUUGGGGACGUUUACAUCAUGAGUUACACGAGCUUGUUAUGUUAAAUCUUUUCAACUUUAACAUACUUAAAUAUCGUCUCAAACAAAGGAUUUUAAUCUUGUGUAGUUGUUAGAAAGUACAGCAACAUGAUUUGGACAAAUUCUCUGGAAAAGCUGCGAGAUGUUGAUAAAUCUGCUGAGUUUUGUUGCAUAUAAACAUCAAUCUGACACCAGGAAGAGAAAGAAUACAGUUUUUUUUAUUCACUUAUCUUGUAUUUUUGAGUUUUUAUUGAUUCGGGGAACAGCCGGGUUCCAUAUUUUGAGCAACAUCUUAAAAAGCUACACCUCCUCGGUAAAAGACAUUAAGUCAACUGAUGCACUUUACUUUUCAAAUGCUCUGAUUAACUUCAGAACGCCAUGUGAUGAUUUAAAUAUGUUAUUUUGCUGCUAUAGGUAAAUUGUUCUGCAUGCAGAUUAAGUGACUAUAGUUUUAAAUCAAAUAUUUAUACCAUUAAUGGACACAGUUUGAUUCAAGGUGUUAGAAAUGUGCAGAGACUCUUUCAGGAGUUUUGUGAAAGACUCAAGUUGUAGCUAAAUAUUUAAGGGUCUUUCAUCAGUCUGUUGUUUCUGGAAAUCCUCCAUAUCUGCAGCAUCUAAUAAUGAAACUUACUGUUCA